UUACUAAACUUCACAUCCCACAGAUAUCUUCUACUUAUUUAUCUUCUCGUUAUCCUUUUGUUUCAAAAACUAGAACCCAAAAGUUAUUACCAACCUUGACUUACACAUGGGUUACCAAGUUCCUCAUAGUUUUCUACUCACUCUAAUGGUUUUCUUGCCAGCACUUUGUUACAGCCAAGACACCUAUAUCGCCUCUCGGGCAACUUAUUAUGGCAGCCCUGAUUGCUUAGGGACUCCAACUGGAGCUUGUGGGUUUGCUGGAUAUGGAAGGACUGUCAAUGGUGGUGAAGUAACGGGAGUCUCUAGACUUUACAGGAAUGGCACUGGCUGUGGGGCAUGCUAUCAGGUAAGAUGCAAGUCUCCAAAACAUUGCACAGAUGAAGGGGUGAAGCUAGUGAUCACAGACUAUGGUGAAGGAGACCACACAGACUUUAUUCUCAGUGUACGAGCCUACUCAAAACUGGCUCUUCCAAACAUGGCUAUAGAACUUUUUGCAUAUGGGGUAGUUGACAUAGAAUACAAGAGAAUUUCUUGCCAACAUCCAGGUUACAAUCUUAUGUUCAAAGUCCAUGAGCAUAGUAGGAACCCAGAGUACCUAGCCAUAGUACCAAUAUACCAGGCAGGCAUAAAUGACAUCACAUGUGUAGAAUUGUGGCAGGAGGAUUGCCAGGAAUGGAGGACCAUGCGUCAUGCUUACGGCGCUGUAUGGGACAUGCCCAAUCCACCAAAGGGCCCUCUGAACCUAAGGUUCCAAGUGAGUGGGAGUUAUGGGGAAAAGUUGGUGCAACUGAGGGGUGCAAUUCCUGCUGAUUGGAAGGCUGGAGUCGCUUACGACACUGCCAUUCAGCUUAACUAAUAAAGUUAAUAUAGAUAUCCCCACAUGUCGCUAGGAUACAUAUAUUACAAGUUGCUCAUCUUGUCCACAUACAUGUACUUUCCUAUAUUUUCUAGUUCCUUAUGUUUCUAAAGAGUGUUUUCGAGUUAUUGGUGUUAGGCUGUGUCAAAUAAAUAUGUAACCUAUUUGGUGAGCAUAAAUAUGUAUGUUGUGCAAAAGUAUUUCAUGUCAGAUCUUUCAGCUAUUGGAUAUCAGUACAUCAGAAUCAAAAGAAUAAAAUGUUCAGAUUUUUAAUCCAA